AUGGGCUCAAGCUCGAAAAAGAAGAAGGAGAAGCAGAAGGACUUUCAAAAACCAAAACUUAAGGUCGGCAAGGCAAAGGCCAAGGCGGCGAACUUUACCGACACAAGCUUCCGGACAAAGUGUAAGUCCGACAACCAGCGCCGCGAUGCUUUGGCUUUCUUAACCAGCCAGCUGUCAAGCGGCAGUAGUGGAGGCAGCGGCAGGCAAGGUGCGAAUGCCGGCAACAGCAACCCUGUUGGCACUGCCGGGCUGCUCAACCGACUGCUUCCGCUCAUCUCCGACCCGGCAGGGCCCGUCCGCGCCCAGCUCCUCAAACUCUUCCGCGUCCUCCCACCCAGCGACGUGCGGCCUGCUGCCGGCAAGAUCUUGCUGUACAUCCGCGCCGGUAUCACCAACCUAUCGUCGGCUGUCCGUGAAGACGCCCUUGGUGCCCUGGAGUGGCUUCUCGACGUCGCAGGCGACGAGCUGGUGGCCUGCCCGGGUGGUUGGCUCAAGACGCUCAACGGCCUCGGCGCCAUGAUGGGCUGGGUCGCCGCCGUGCAGACCAAUACCUUUUCCAGCACGGGCGCCAACAGUGUGUCUUUUUCGUCAUCGGGCUGGUCCUCGGCGCCCAAGACGUCCUUUGCCGGUUCAUCCACGGCCACACUUGUCAAGGGCGGCGGCACAGGCGGCUCCAAGGCCAUGCGAGGCGCCUCGUUUGCGCGGCAGCUGGCUGCACUCACCAAAUUCUUGGAGAUUGGCCUGCGCCGUGAAACACCGGCGCCCUAUAACCCGCAAGCCUACUGGGACAGCCUGUACCGGCGGCAGCCGUCGGCCCCUCCGCCCGAUGGCGUGAGCAACAGCACGUCUAGCAGUACACUAAACCCAUUUGGCCACCUCAACCUCUUUGGCGCGCCGCGCGACGAAGACAGCGAGAUGUAUGCCGACCGUGAGGACCGGCAGCGUGUGUUUGCCAAACGGUGGCAGGCAGCGAUCGUCCGGGGUAUCGAGGAAGCACGACGCGAGGGCGGUGCUGUCGGUCGUGCGGCCGCCACGCUCGAUGAUGUGCUGCAAGCUGGCAUGGAGGACUAUAACCAGAUGGUUACGGUUAGUUAA